CUUACCUGUAACUCUGACUUUUCUUGUCUCUCAGUUUUGUGCUUCAGAUGAAAAGAACAUCUGAAAACCUUUCAAAAAGGAAUGGAUCAGAGUGAAUGCAGCUGUGAUGAGGGUUAUGGACCUCGCCCCCCUCCGUACAACGCUCAGGACCAUGGACAAAACUCUUACCUGGGGAUGAGCUAUCAGGUGGGGAAAGGGAACAUUGCGGUGGUCUCCCCUCCUACCACCUAUGAUAACAUGGUCCACCCUGAGGCCAUGGCUGCAGCUGGAGGUGACCCGCACUAUGCUCCUCCACCAGACUACUCCAACGGCUCUGAGGACAACGUCUUCAGUGAUGGUGCCAUACGAAGAGGUUUCAUAAGAAAAGUCUACUUGAUCUUGAUGGUUCAGCUGUUAGUGACUGUCGGGAUCAUCUGUGCUUUUCUUUACUGGGAACAUCUCCGAAAAUGGACAUUUGACAACUACUGGUUUACCUAUGCUAUGAUGGCGGUAACGCUGGUGCUCAUCUUGGCCAUGACCUGCUGCAACAACGUCCGCCGUAUAGUCCCCUUCAAUUUCAUCGCCCUGGGCCUGUUUACUAUUGCAGAGGGCCUGAUGCUUGGAUCCAUUGCAGCGUUUUUUAAUGCUGAAGCCGUCCUGUGGGCAGUGGGGGCCACAGCGCUGGUGUCGUUCUCCUUGACUGUAUUUGCCAUGCAGUCAAAGUGGGACUUCACUGCCGCAAGUGGGAGCCUGUGGGUGUUUCUCUGGACCCUUUUGUCUUUUGCAAUGCUUUGUGCAAUCCUCCGAUCGCAGUAUGUUUACAUCGUCUAUGCCUGCCUGGGAACCCUCGUUUUUUCUUUGUACUUGGUGUUAGAUACACAGCUUAUCCUGGGGGGACACAAGAAGUAUGAAAUCUCUCCAGAGGAGUAUGUGUUCGCUGCUCUGAACCUCUAUUUGGACAUUGUCUCCCUGUUCAUCAUGCUGCUGCAUAUCAUCAGCCUCUGCCGCUAACAUUCAACUUCAGGACAUCUUCCCUGAAGAAACACUGACACUACUGUUAGUUUAGUAUCAUUACACAGCUCUGCAGGACUAUCUGGAAGAUGUAGUUAUGUAGUCACAAAUCAGUUUAUUUUAUUCUUAAUGGGACAUUAUUUUCCAGUGUUGGAAUCUAUCCAAAACAUUGAAUUGAAUCUUGUUUUUAAGAAGAUCUUCUGCAGUGAGAAACACAGAUGGACUUGCAUAUCUUGUAAUGAUAGUUGCGUGCAGCUUAAAUACUUUUGUAAACCAAAAUCUGAACUCACUCCAUUAAAUAAGACAAUGUGUCUCCUUCAUCAGUGCUAUGAAA